UUGCUAGCAGCAGCGCCGUCUGCUGUCAUGCUCCACUCGCAUCGGCACCUCCACGUGUGUGACCACAGCACGGGAACGACGCUUCGCAGUGGUUGGUGUCGGCUGUCUGGCAGGAUCUUGCUGCAUCUGCUUUGCAGCGGUAACUCGCCAUGCAUGAAAGAUGAUUGGGGAUGCGUUUGGCGAAGCGAUGCGGGGAUUGGGAGGGUGGCGGCUGGAUGGGCGGCGAGCAUUGCACGCAUCACGAGCGAUACCACUUGCUGCAACAAGUUGGAGUUUGCAAGACCACUCAUGCUCAUGUACGCCUGCAAUCAAGGCAGUCGGAAAACUACAUGCACUGCCCCACAGAAUGCCGCACACAAUCCAGCGCCUCUGUGCUGCAGACGCCUCUGCUCAUUCGCCUAUGACGAGCGUCGCGGGACGCCCGAGGACAUCAGAUGCCGGGACGCGCCAAAGCCUCGCUCCGGGCCACGAUGCUUUGGGCGGGGACUCGAAGAGAUGGCUGGGCGCCGCCUGAGAGCUGAGGGCUUGUCUUUGCCCGGGGAAAUGCCGAGACCUUGCGCCAGUUGUCCUCUUUGUUCCUUGGAUUUUGCUGCUGUCUUGUCGUUUUCUUGGUCUUUUUUCCCCUUGCCACGCUCGCUCCCCUCCUUUGGCCUGGGCAGCCAGCGGAAUGCCAGGGCCAAGGCAUUUGCUCUGUGCAUUCCAUUUCUCCUGCUUUGCCAAGAGGGUGGAAUGCAUAUGUCAAAGGGGGCUUUUCACCUCACGCAACAUGUCUUGUACUCUAUGUUUUGA